AUAGCUGAACGGAGUUCCUUUUAAAUAAUUGUUUAUCUUUCUUGCAGUUCACGUUACGUGUUCUGGGAGAGAUGGUCCACUUGGUCCGAGGGAAGGGCAAUCUGCCAUCAUGGGUUCUCCAGACUCUAAUCAAACUUAUUUUUUUGAUGCUGAGCACUCUUCUGCUUGUCAUUGUCCGAGUUCAGGUCAUUCAGUCUCAGCUGCCAAUUUUCACCAGGUUUGAUAAUCCAGCUGCUGUCAGUCCAAGCCCUGUAAGGCAGCUCACGUUCAACUACCUCUUGCCCCUGAAUGGUUGGCUUCUCCUGAACCCAUCAGAAUUGUGCUGUGACUGGACAAUGGGCACUGUUCCAUUAGUGGAAUCAUUCUUCGAUAUUCGAAACCUCGCCACAGUCAUUUUCUACUGUUUAAUGGUUCUACUGAUACAUUAUAGUCUUCGCUAUCCUGGAGAAUCAUCCCAAGUUGUAAUAAUGGCACUUUCUUUCAUGGUGUUACCAUUCAUUCCGGCAUCAAACUUGUUCUUCCCUGUUGGCUUUGUGGUGGCAGAGCGUGUGCUUUAUGUUCCGAGCAUGGGGUUUUGUUUGCUGGUUGCCCAUGGAUGGAAGAAGAUAGCAGAUACAUGGAGUCUAAAGAAAUUGUCCUGGAUUGGUUUGAUGAUUCUACUUGUUGCCCAUGCUAGCAAAACAAUUUAUCGCAAUUGGGAUUGGGAAUCUGAAUACACCCUAUUCAUGUCUGGUCUGAAGGUCAAUAAAAACAAUGCAAAACUUUGGAACAACGUGGGACAUGCUUUGGAAAAUGAACAUAACUAUGGGAAAGCUUUGAAGUUCUUUAUUCAAGCCACUAGGGUUCAACCAGAUGAUAUUGGGGCUCACAUGAAUGUUGGAAGAACGUACAAAAACCUGAACAAAACUAAAGAAGCAGAAGAUGCCUACAUGCUAGCAAAAUCACUUAUGCCACAGGUUAUACCAGGAAAGAAGUAUGCAGCACGUGUUGCACCCAAUCACCUAAAUGUUUACAUCAAUCUCGCAAAUUUGAUUCGAGGGAAUGAAUCUCGUUUGGAGGAAGCUGACCAACUGUACCGUCAAGCGAUCAGUAUGAGACCUGAUUUUAAGCAGGCAUACAUCAACAGGGGUGAAUUACUUCUGAAGAUGGACAGGCCUCUGGAGGCCAGAGAUGCCUACAUAAGGGCCUUGGAGUUGGAUAAGACCAAUGCUGACCUCUGGUAUAAUUUGGCGAUUGUUUACAUUGAGCUCAAAGAUCCAUCUGAAGCCUUGAAACAUUUCAACCAAGCUCUAGAAAUCAGUUCUAACCACAAGCUGGCACUGUUUAAUUCUGGUCUGCUUAUGCAAGAAUCAGGUGAAGCCAGCCUGAGACCUGAGGCAAAGAAGAGGUUUUUGAGUUACGUGGAAAUGGAACCUGAGGAUGCAAAUGGCUACUUCAAUCUGGGUAUGCUUGCCAUGGACAACAAGGAGAACGUCGAAGCUGAAUCCUGGAUGAAGAAAUCCAUCCAGGUGCAGCCAGGUUUCCGCAGCGCGCUGUUUAACCUGGCACUGUUAUAUUCUCAAACUGGGAUGGAGAUGCAAGCUCUUCCAGUUCUGGAGGACUUACUGUAUCACCACCCUGAUCACAUUAAAGGCCUUAUCCUGAAGGGGGAUAUUCUCAUGAACAAGAAGAAAGAUAUUAAAGGAGCCAAGCAGUGCUUUGAGAGGAUUCUGGAGAUUGAUCCCUCCAACAUUCAGGGAAAGCACAACCUAUGUGUGGUGUACUUUGAAGAGAAGGACCUUGUGAGGGCUGAGGCUUGUCUGUCUGAGACUUUGGCUUUAGCACCAGAAGAGGAAUACAUCCACCGACACUUGAGCAUUGUGCGCAGCAAGAUAGCAGCUCAGGGCAGUGGAGGUGCGAUGGAGCAUUCAACACCAGCCAUCAGCCCAGCAAAGCGAGGGGGAAGUGAAACCUCCACUAGGAACCAGAAGGGGCACAGCAGUGAACAGAGAAAAGCUUCUGAAAUAGUGCACACUUCUGAAGGUGACACAGAGUUUUCCAGCAAUUCAAAACAAUCCCAAAACAAACGGACAAAAAAAAAGUCCAACAAAGAAAUCAAAGAGAUUGAAAAGAAGCGAGCUGCAGCUUUAAAGCGGCUGGAAGAGAUUGAACGCAUUUUGAACGUUGAAUAGAAUGAAAAUUGUGAAAGCUGAGGAUGUGAGAUCAUCAUCCUUUUGACUUGAUUAUAUUGUGGCAACAAUGGUUUACAGUUUCCUGCCAUGUAGGAAGCAUUUAUUUUAUGCAAAGUAACUUAAAUAGGAAUCAUAAUAAAUGCCAACAAAGCAAAUGGUUUGACUGAAAUCAAAUUUAAACACUAAUUUAACAAACUUAAAGGCUCCUACCUCCAGUCACCUUAGUAAACUCAAAUGAGUAGCCUUUCACAUAAAACAGUGCAGAUUCUGGUAAAUUCCUUGCAUUUCAGGACCAUACCACAAUUUGAAGGUUUGGGAAGAUCUUUAGCCACCCCAAUGUUAUUGGAUGGUCCAGUAGAUCAAACAAUUUACGUGGUCUUCCCCUAUUGGUUCAAUGCUUAAGUGAAUCACAAAAUGUGGGAUUACAGAUUAGAAUAUUCAAGUUGAAUCCAAACGUAUUAGCAGGUUUCAUCUGAGACCCCACAAUCUGCUUUGAUACCACUGGUUUGAGAGAGUGGGUAAAAAAUUGCCAACUUUCACCAUUUCGGCUGCUGUUUGGUGGUCCUGUUGGGAAGUGCAUAUGGAUCAACGCGAUACCUAAAUGGGGCUUGGUUUAAAAAACUUGUCUUUCUCCCCCUGCUUCCCCUUGCAACCACAGCACAUAGCAGCCAGAACAAUGCUCAAAGAGCCAGGUUCAAACUGUGUCCACAGUGUGGCCUCAGAAAGAAGCAGAAACAAAAAUUGGGAAAGAGAGCAAGUUUUCAAAGGCUUGCAUUGGCUUCCCACCCAGAAUCACUGGUGAAAGCGGUUCCUCUAUUGCUGUGGCCAGUAAGCAGAAUGUAUGAGUCACAGCCGGUGGCCACAGGACUGGAUACAAUUUAGGGUAUGUUGUUCUGCAGUGGUGGGUUAUUUAAGGGGUGCUGUUGUACAGUAGAGCUAGCAAAUUUUACACAACAUUUUGGGAAACCUGAGUAUCUUUGUUUAAAAGGAAAACGUUUCUGGAGGACUCCAAACUGUUUCCUUGAGUAUGAGAGGAACUGUUUGAAUUUUUGAAUUCUGAAACUGUUAUACAACCUGUAGCACACUUCCACAACCUCUUAUUUAUGUAAUAUAUAACUGAGUGUUUUGUUUGCUGCCUUCACAUGUUGGAUAGUGCUGGGAUAAGCUCAGUUUUCAUUUUCUGUGCACAAACUUUAGUUACUGUGGCAAUAUAAGUAUCUUUGCUAUUCUGAUAAACCACUCCUGAAAGAAAUGUUAUGAAGAAGCAGCACAUUUUAACAAAAAAUAUGUUUGUGACUUUUUUCUAUGUUGAUUACUUGUAUAAACAUUUAGUCUUUGACUCAAAUCAUGCACCGAAUUUUUUUUGGAAAAAUUAAAUAUCUUGUGCUCAUUUAUCUUGAAGUCACCAUUGGGUCAAACCUUAUUUUUUUUGGCUGUACUUUCAUGUUUCAAUUCUCAUCAUACUAAGGACACAGAUUUUACAUCUUUCUUAUAUGUAAUGCUGUAGUUACAGGAAUUGCAUCAAAUUUUGUUUGGUUGAAAUUUCUGAUGAGUUUACACUGCAGAUUUUUCCUGAGUUGUUCUCAGUUUUACCAUGUCAGUUCAUAGAGAAUUGACUGAGUUUUUGAUGGACUGAAUCACUAAGCAGAAACACAUUUUUAAGCGAAGCCACUCGAUACUGAUGACUCUAAUGUCUUGAUUUAUGUUUUAUUGACGUUAACAAGUGGUAUAACCUGUCUCCUAAAUGGAUUACUUUUUUGUCUUUGCUUGAAUACAAAUAAACAUUGAAUUUCAGAAAA